UGCACGUCUGGGCGGCGACCGGGUCCAGAACCGCGGCCCCGGGGGAGCGUCGAGGUCUCUGGACUUGAGCUGUGGGAUGUUAACAUUGUGCGCCGGGCGUCUGGACUUAGUGACCGCGAACCCUUCCUUCCUCCACCCACUCCCACCCCCGAGAAACUUCGUGAAUUCUCUGCCGUGCCUGUAAAAGAUCGUCGGAGAUUCGAUGAGCUUCUUUCUCGUGGUGUCAAUAACGGCCCUUCUACCAUGAACAGUUCCAGUCCUUCUACAGGUGUGUAUGCUAAUGGGAAUGACAACAAGAAAUUUAAAGGAGAUAGACCUCCCUCUUCGCCUUCCCGUGUUCUCCAUCUUCGAAAAAUUCCAUGUGAUGUCACUGAAGCGGAGGUCAUAUCUUUAGGUCUUCCGUUUGGCAAAGUAACUAACCUUUUGAUGUUGAAAGGAAAAAGCCAGGCUUUCUUAGAAAUGGCUUCUGAGGAAGCUGCUGUUACUAUGGUAAAUUAUUAUACUCCAGUUACCCCUCAUCUUCGAAGCCAGCCUGUUUAUAUUCAGUAUUCCAAUCACAGAGAACUUAAGACUGACAGUCUGCCUAAUCAAGCUAGAGCUCAAGCUGCACUGCAGGCUGUCAGUGCUGUCCAGUCAGGAAAUCUGGCCCUUCAUGGAGCUCCUUCAAAUGAAGCCACAGUCCUACCUGGGCAGAGUCCUGUACUCCGAAUAAUCAUUGAAAACCUCUUUUACCCUGUUACUCUGGAAGUUCUUCAUCAGAUAUUUUCUAAAUUUGGCACAGUCUUGAAGAUUAUCACCUUUACAAAGAAUAAUCAAUUUCAAGCGCUGCUUCAGUAUGCUGACCCAGUGAAUGCACAUUAUGCCAAAAUGGCUCUGGAUGGCCAGAAUAUCUAUAAUGCAUGCUGCACUCUGCGUAUUGACUUCUCCAAGCUCACCAGCCUUAAUGUGAAAUAUAAUAAUGACAAAAGCAGAGACUUCACUCGCUUAGACCUUCCUUCUGGUGAUGGCCAGCCAUCUCUUGAACCCCCCAUGGCUGCUGCUUUUGGUGCACCAGGUAUAAUAUCUUCACCAUAUGCAGGGCCUGCUGGAUUUGCCCCAGCCAUUGGAUUUCCUCAAGCCACAGGUCUGUCAGUCCCAGCUGUUCCUGGAGCCCUUGGUCCGCUUGCACUGACCUCCUCUGCUAUCACUGGAAGAAUGGCCAUUCCUGGGGCAAGUGGUGUACCAGGAAAUUCUGUUCUACUUGUCACCAAUCUCAAUCCUGAUCUUAUCACACCACAUGGACUUUUUAUCCUAUUUGGAGUAUAUGGUGAUGUACAUCGAGUGAAGAUAAUGUUUAAUAAAAAGGAAAAUGCCUUGAUUCAGAUGGCGGAUGCAAAUCAAGCCCAGCUAGCAAUGAACCAUCUAAGUGGUCAGAGACUUUAUGGAAAAGUGCUCCGUGCUACACUGUCCAAACACCAAACAGUUCAGCUUCCUCGAGAGGGACAAGAAGACCAAGGUCUGACUAAGGAUUUCAGCAAUAGUCCUUUGCAUCGCUUUAAAAAGCCUGGCUCUAAAAACUUCCAGAAUAUUUUUCCACCAUCAGCCACACUGCAUCUUUCCAACAUUCCCCCUUCUGUUACAAUGGAUGACCUGAAGAACCUUUUCACAGAGGCUGGAUGUUCAGUGAAGGCUUUUAAAUUCUUUCAGAAAGAUCGCAAAAUGGCACUCAUUCAGUUAGGAUCUGUGGAAGAAGCAAUCCAGGCCCUCAUUGAACUUCAUAAUCAUGAUCUUGGAGAAAAUCACCACCUCAGAGUUUCCUUCUCAAAAUCUACAAUCUGACUUUUCUGUGAAAUUUUCUCCUAAACUGGACCAUAAUGUCAGUAAAACCUUCAGACAUAGACUGAAGCUGCUGAAGACCAACUCUGCCUCUUUCACAAAAAUAACUGAGUUUGAUAUCAAGUAUAUUAAAAACAUGGGAUAUUCUUUUUCUUUUCUGUUUCCCCCUGCCAGUAUAUAAUCCAAAGUUUGUUUUCCUUUCUACCGUGGUUUCUAUGAAAGUAUACCUGUAGAAAAAAAUGUGUUUUCAGUAAUUCAAUUCCCCACAUUAAAAUCCAUUUUAAGAGGACAGACUUUAUUUUAGUUUGGGUCAGAUCAGCCUUGUACGACAUUUCUAAACUCCUUUGUACUUUGAGAGAUUUAAGCAUAUGGAUUUUUAAAUUACUUGAUGUAAGUAAUUUAAAUCACAACCAGGUUUUUAACUUUAAGAUUCAAAAGUCUGACCCCUGUAGGAAAUUAUGUUCACUUUUAAAUUAUGUCAGAUAUUUGCCAUGCAUUGAUGGUUGUUAGACAUAAACACGAGUUGUAUUGCAAGCAGAUUUAUAAGCAUGCCUGUUUUGUUUCUGUGAUUUCCUUUUUAACUCUUUGACACUCCUUUGAAUAAUGCAUUCUCUUUUUAAGACUAUUUGGAACAAUGAAGUGUCUCAGCUGUGCCCAGGGAAAUUUAAGUCAGAUCCAACUAAGAUAUAUUAAGAUGUCAGAAUAACUAAUAAUUUUAUUAGAAAAAUUAUGUCUUAAAUCUCAAAAUGACACUUUUUGUUGAGUAAUAUAAAUAUAAUAUUGGGAAAUUUUAAAAAAGUAAUCCUACUUAUAAACUACUUUUUUAUAAUUGUUUUCAGAAAAAAGUUUACAGUCUUAUGGAAAAUAUUCAGGUCUAUCAUAUGGUUUGACAGAUUUUUUAAAAGUUAUUUUUGGUAAGGUCUUCUUUUAGAAAAAAAAUCUCAAGGGUUUUUUGUACCACUAUAAUCUCUAAUACUUAUUCAGAAUUACUGUGUACUUAAUUUCUUAUUAUGUGCCUUAUUAUGUGCUUAAGAUGUAAUAGGUUAGAGUUUUAUCUAAAUAUCUUGAAAGCUAUAUUGUGGGCUUGGUGAGCAUUUUGUUUUCUCUUUCUUUUGGUAAGGAUUUAAAAAGGGUUUUUCAUUGCAAUUUUAAAUGGUUUUCAAUAAGUAAUAGUUUUUAUUCCAAUUUUUGGUGCUUUGGUACAGAGAUGGGGUAGGGAAGGGUGAAUAGUUUUCAGAAUACUCAGUGCACACUUGUAGGCCUCUACGUUGUGACUGGUAGCAGUUGUUGCCAGUUAUCACAUACCAGUUUGGGGCUGUAGAAUGCAAUGUUUCUGGUUUUUGUCUAAUCUUUAUUGCCCAUCAGAAUUUGUCUCAGGAUUACUUGGUUCUUCUCAGUACUCAAGUGAGAACUUGGCUUUUCUUUGUUAACAUAAUUUACUAAGUGCUCACAUAUUAGAGUAUGAGAAGGUGGGUUAUUUUUUAUACUCUGUUCCUUUUUCUCUUUUUGGUUGAAUGUAAGAGUGCAUUUUAAUGUUGCUUCAGUGAUUGUAUAUUGUAAAAUUAUUUCUUUUUAAUAAGAAACUGCUUUUGUUAAUUAUUCCUUCAGUGCUUGAUUAGAUUUUUUUUAAAGCAGGAUUUAUCAAAAGGAUCAACUUUAUCCACCUGUUUUACACUUUUUGUAUUUUUUAAGUGGCUCAUCUCAACUUUAAAAAGAAUAUCUCAGUCUUUCUGCUGUAUUCUAACCAUUAAUUUGAACAUAGGGAGGUUUUUUAAUAAAAAAAUUGCAAAAAAGAUUAGAGAUUGAAAGACAUAAAAUCAAAAUUCACUCAACACCAAGUAACAGUUAGUUGGUAGAAUAGGAAAGAUGACAAUAAGUUGAGACCUUUCAAAUGAUCAGUUUAGUAUUGGCUGAAUACAUAGGUAUAAUCAUUUACCUAAUUGGGUUUUUUUUUCCUUCCGCUUUGAAAUAUACUUUUACCUACACGAUGAGUAGGGAAAGGGGAAAAAAAUUGAGACCUCCCUAAAUUUGCUGUUUUUUUCUUCUACACAGGCACUGUUAAUAAUUUUCAGUGGCAUGUUAAAUUGGAUUACUUCAUUUGCUUUAAGAAUUACUGUGUAAUUUAUUAAUUCAUGAUUCUUAUAACAUCCAGCAUAAGUGUAGCAAAAGUUACUGAUAUCAGAAGGUAAAUCAUAAUAGUGUUGAAUGUAAUUUUGAAGUAGGAGAUGGCCUUUAAGACUGAGAGAGAACAUUUGAAUCCUUUUCAGGGAUUUGUGUAGAUAAGUGUGUGUGUGUCUGUUUGCGCUUGUGUGUGUAUAUAGAUCUGUAUAUACAUACAUG